AUGGUUAUUGAAACUAAACAACAUGUUAAAGAACGAGAAUUUAAAAACAAAGAAAAUAGAGUUGAAGAAGAAGUGUUUUCUCUUAUUAACCAAAACGAAAUAGACAAACUUAUUAAAUAUUGUGAUCGAAAAUAUCUUACAAAGAAGAUAAUUAAAAUCAAAGAGGGAAAUGGAGUGAUUGAUCUUAGGGAAUUAAAAACUAUGAGUUUAAGAAUAGAAUUAGAAAAGGGAAACCUUCAAAUCUUCUUCUCAAAAAACCUCAAAGAUAUCGAAUUAUAUAGUGGAAAAGGAAUAAUUAAUGUUGAUCUAGAAAAUUCAGCCCUCUCAAAUAUUAAGAUUGUUGGAAAUGUUAGAAAUAAUGGAACAUAUCUAUAUACAAUAAAUAAUCACACAAAUAAAAUUGAUAUUGAGAGUGAUAAGUGUAUACAAUUGUUUUGUAAGAACUCUUCUAAUCUUAUGGAAAUGAGAAUAAGUGCUGACUUUGAUGAAAUUGUUUUUGAAAAAAAGUUAACUGCAACAGUAUACAUAUCAAAUAAAAAUAAAAAAGGGAAAGUGGUAUUAAGAAAUAUUCCUUCAUUUUUUUAUAAUGUAACAAUAGAAGGUAAAGGGAAAGGAAUAGAUGUUAGUGUUAGGGCACCUAUUAGUAAUUUAAUCAUUAAAGGAAGAGUACCAAGUAUUGAAAUUGAAGCAGAGCCUUGGAUAUCUGGUGGAACUUUGAUAAUAGACACUGACAAGAGUAUUCAAACAAUGAUCAAACCCAUUAACAAUUAUUCACUUUUUAAAUACAUAGGAAAACCUACAUUAAUUGGUAAUUUCAAUAUUAAUUUAUUUGAAUUUUACAGUGAAUUUGUCAUACCACUUCUGACAAAUAUGAAUGGGUUAUUGAUUCUACAUCAAUAA